AUGGCUGAGGUGAGAGUAGAUUGGAAGUUUGGAAGUUUGGAAGCAGGAAUAUUCAACGAGUGAAUCUGAAACAGCGGCGAAAUCCAGCGCUUAUAUACUAUUUUUGAGGAUUUCUCGAAUCUUCACGAUGUUUCCAGACCCUUCUAGAACCCCUCGCUCGUUUUUCUCUCUGUUCCUCUCUCUCUCUACCUCGCUCUCUUUGUUCUCUGCUCGUCUGGCGUCUCCGCUGCCCUAGACCAUUGUCUCGCUUUUCCUCUCGCCGCCUGGUGUCUCUCUCCUCUCGCCUUGUAGAUGUUUCUCAGUUUUUCUAGGACCGUCGAGAAUCAUCUGGAAAAUUCUAGAAGAAUUUGGCUUUUCGCUGUUUUCUUGAUGUGUUUUCGAAAUUUCGCGCAAUUUUUGAGAUUUAAGGUUCUUUUAAGUUUCAUUAUUAUUUAAUUUUUUUCCUUUUUUUCCUGGCACGUAGUUAUAAGUCUUAUUUUCUUUUUUUGCUUCGUUUUUUUAGUAUUCAGAGUGUUCCAGCGGAAGUUUUGCAAUUAAAUUUACUUCUUUUUGUUAGAUUUUUUUAAUGAAUGGUGUAAUUUCAAGUCAGAAUCUUGAAAUUCUUGUUUUCAAAAAGGGAUAACAUGAAGAAUAACAAGUUUUGCUUUUUUUAAUUCUAAAUGAGCUAAAAAUCGCUUCUUUCGUAUCAAAAAAAUAGAUGAAAAAAAUCUUUCGUAACAUAAAGGAAAAAUCAGGAAAAGUUUGCGAAUUUUUUUGAAAAAAAUUACAUUUUCCUAUCAACGUCCGCCUUCUUCUUUCAAGCCAGUAAAAAUAAUCCAUGUUUUCAGUACCCAUGUUCACUUGGCCAGCGAUUGUAUGGAGCGCUAUAGAGCCGGUUUGGACGCUUUGUGUGAUCUGGAGCAGGUUUACAAAAAUAUAUUGUUUUUUUAAAGUUUUUUUGAAAAAUUUUUAAAGGAGCAUGAACAGUUUUUGAAAUGGUUUCAAAGAGUAUGGAAAAAUUAAAAAAAUGAUCUCAAUUUCUCCAUUUUUUUGGUAGGCUCAGAAAGGCUCCUGCUCCUUUAAAAUUUCAAACAAAGGGUUUUCUAAAGAUGUAGAAUUAAAUGGAAAAGUUGAAAAAUAUAACUAAAUUUGUUUAGGACCUGAGCAUCGGUUACGAUUCGAAAGGAAAUCGGCUAAAAGAGCCAAUCAAUCGAGUGAUUCCAUUUCUAACCGACCCCCGAAUCAGCCUGGAUAAUCGCCUACGGCUCAUCUUGUUGUAUGCGCUUUUUGAGAAUGGUUAUCUGAUUUGAUAAAUCGAUAAAAUAAUUUGAAAAUGUAGGAAUCUCUUCCGAGUCUAUGGUGAAGCUCCUGGCCCACGCCGAAAUUCCCUUCCAUGAUCGGAGCAUUUUUACGAAUGCCGCCAGGCUUGGCGUCGACCUCGUUGUUGAGGUUUCCAUUCUUUUUUGUAUGUAAAUUUGAGUCUUUUUGUAAAACCAUGCUUUCAACAAGUUCGUUACAGAGUUUUGUGAAUUAAUCUUUAUUUUUCCUAGUUUUUUUAAAAAAAUAUUUUUUUCGAUAUUUCUUUGAUAUAACACUCAGACAUUGGUAACGCAAAACUUGCGCGAAUCGAAAAAGUCUUGGCAUUUUUUGUGACCACUUUAGUAGCGUCAGCGCUCUUAAGUGAUCCCUAGACUUUCUCAAAAAAGUUACCGAGGCCUGAGUAUUCUACCUGGCUUCCAAAAAUAUUUCUCGGGAGCUCCGCAAAGCUACCGAAGAACACCACUUGAAAACUUUUAAAAAAAGCCUGAAUUUAAACGUUUCGAGACAAACGGGCACAAAGACGACCUAAGAUUGCACUACAUGAAGAAAAUUCAUAUUAUAAUGUAGAACGAGAUAGAAAGACCCAGUUACAGGGUGCGCAAUAAGUAUUGAAACGCGUUUGAAACGUUAUAACUUUCUCGAAAAUCAACCAAACACCACCAAACUUGGAACAAAUUUCAUUCAUACAAUAUAGAAACAAAAUUCAAGAAUAGUUUUCAAAACGUCUUCCUUUAGCUUUGAUAACGGCCUUCAGUCUCUUCGGAUACGCAUCGAUCACGGCACGAAGGUAGUCGUCGUCGAUUUCGUCCCAUUUCUUGAUGAGCGCGGUCUUCAGAGCUUUGAUACUUGGGUAGUUCUUAGAAGAGACCUUCUCGGUCAGAUAUAUCCACACGGCAUAGUCCAUCGGGUUGAGGUCGUGCGAGGAAGCAGGCCAAUCAGCAGCCGAGAUGAACUCGGAAAAUUGGCGCGAUACCACUCUUGAGUCCCUUUGGCGCGAUGAGCGGGGACGCCGUCUUGCUGGAAGGUCCAUGGUCGGUUUCCGUAGUGAGAAUUGGCUCAGGGCAACACCCUCAACUUUAAAUUCUACUCCCAGUAGUAUAUUUGGUUCACUUUGACUUCAGGAUCCACAAAAAUCAGCGGAGUUUUGCCGUCAGCGGUAAUUCCGGCAAAAACCAUCACGGAAGCCGGAUGCGAAGUUUUAUUCAGAAUUUUUUUUUUUCACAGGCACUCUGAUAGUCAGUAGCGAUGAUCCAAUGAUUUUGGCCUCCUUGUUCGCCUCCACAGUGAAGAUUUUCUCGUCGGUAAAUAGCGUCGUCAGAUGCGAGCCAUCUUUCGUGCCAGCGAGCAGCUUUCGAGCCUUUUUCAUCCGGAAUGUCUUGUUUUUUUGACUGAGGAAGGCUCCUUUCUGCAUACGGUAGGGAAUCAUCUUCAGCUUGUCCUUGACAAUAGUUCUCAUCGAUUCUCGACUCAUUUCGUAUUCUUUUGACAUCUUUCUCAUGCUUCUUCCCGGAGUGCGUCUGAUUUUCUCUCGAACGGCUUUGACUGCUUCUGGGGUCGUGACGGUGACUGGAAAUCCCCUUCUUUGCAUGUCAUCUGAAGUACCGAGACGCCGAUAGCGUUGUGCAGUUCGAAAAACGAGAACACGAGACACUUUCAGCUUUUUAACGAUCUCUGAAUUCGUCAUUCCGUUUUUGACACAAUCAAUGAUUGCGGUACGUUACGGAGAUGGGGCCACCAUUACCUGAAAACUGAAAAGUAUGAGCUGUAACUUCAAACACAUGAUAAGUGAGCAUGAAUAAACGAAAUAAACAGAAAAGUUCAAAGGCCAGUCCAUUGUGCAAAAAGCAGCGAUCAAACAAAAAACGGUUUCAAUAUUUAUUGCGCACCCUGUAGAUUGUAUAAAAAGAGUGAAUCGAUCAGAGAUAACAUGAGACGAGAGUUAUAACAUAGGUCUCUGAAUGGAGAAUAAAUAAAGUGACGAAACAUGAGGUUUUCUCAACUGAUUAGUUAACAAGUUGAAAAUCGAGCAAAAAUAGGUAACUUUUUUUUCACCUUACCUUCUUGGUAUUGAAGCUUAUUUUUAUAUCUUGUUUUUUGAAAAGUUUUGUGAAUCAACUUUUCCUCCCGAAGCUCAGGAAAGUUCAGAGAGUGUAAAUUUGAUGCCUUAAUUGAGUAGGUGAAAGUUUUGCGCGGGUUUGCGAAAUACUCAUGCUGGAAGUGAUAAAUAAAAGUAGAAAAAAAGGAUACCUCUUGUGAACUCCUCUACGACAUCGCAUGGGGAACUUUCCGACGGCCACUUUUCCUCCGAAUCUUUUUCCGACUUUUUUCUCGAUGAACUUUCCGUUUUGAAUCAUCAUAUAUGAAGUAGGUGGUUUAUUCAUGAUUAAAAACACAAAUAAAUAGAAAAAAAUUAUGUUAAUAGAUAUUUUAUAAACCGAAAAAAAUAUAAGGGAAAAAGUCGGAAAAAGAUUCGGCGGAAAAGUGGCCGUCAAAAAGUUUCCUAGUGAUACGAAAAAAUCGGAAAAGUCGCCGUUCGAUUUUUUGCUGGGCUUUUUUUCAUACCACCGGAUUUUUAACUUCAAAGCACCUUCCAGGAAGGCCGGCCGCGAUUCAGCCUCCCUCCGAGAAGGCCUCGAACUCAAGAAUCGGCCUACACCAGCGCUCGUUGGGUGCCGCGAAUCAAGGAUUUGAUGGAGGACGCGAUUCACGAAAACCUCAGCCUCGACCAUUUCCCCUACGUCGUCCAAAGAGACCCAGUUUCCGAGCGAACGUGAGGAUCAGACUUGAAAAUUUCGGGAAAAACAAGAGUUGAAAUGAGGCUCAGAGAAAAAAAAAUAAGCAAGGAUCAGAAUCGAUAAAUCCUCAAAAAUUCCUAGUUUCAAGUUCAUACAUCGGCUGGAUCCCACCCCAACUUUUUGUGCGCAAAAAAAGGCCGCGUUUUCGGAAGGGCGGGGGGAGGUGGUAGGCCGUCACAUCGGAGUGGGAAGUUUUGAGAUUUAGGUUUGAAUUUAGUAUAGAAGAAAAAAGUCAAAUGAACCGAAAUCUAUCAUUUUUCUUCCCAGAAGCAAUUUUCAAGGAAUUUGUUUCGCCAGAUUUUACAAAACUUGAUAUUUUUUAUUCACAGUUAGACUAACCAGAAUUGUAUAGAGUUUACUUUUUUGCUUCUCUCUUCGUUUCAUUUUUCUUACUAACUUUUGUCCUUUAAUAAAGUGAAUAGAAAAAAUAUAUAACCAGUCAGCGAAUCGAGAAUAAAUAAACUAAGCUCUCCGACUUAUAUUGUAAUACGAAUUUUUAAGCUACUUUAGUGAUUUUUUCCCGAUUUUUUACCAUUAUGCAGUUGAUUCCGGAUUUUUCAAUCAAUCAAAAUGUUUUAUUUCUCACACACAUACUAAAGUUCACGAAAUAGAUAUAAGGCGAAUUUGGGAACCAUAAUUUCGACGUUUCUUUCUAGAAUCGCCAGAUCCGCCCGAUUCGGAAGCCUAGAGCGAUCUGCCUCAAGAGAAGCCCCAAAGACAGAAGUCCUGCCGAGGCUGAUCGUUUUCGUCGUCGGCGGGAUGAGCCACUCGGAGAUGAGAAGCGCCUACGAGGUCAUGGCCGCCAAUUCCUGGGACGUCAUCAUCGGCGCCGAGCAGAUCAUCACGCCGACAAAGUUCUUGGAUAAUCUCCGAUCCCUUUCCGAACCCUUUGAACCGGCUGUCAAUCCCGUCGGAUUGAAUUCCUAUCCUUUCAAGAGGGCCGAAAGCCUCGAGCCGUUGGUUUAG